GCUUCAAUGAAAAGGAUGCUGAUGAAAUCAAGGGGAUAUUUGUGGACACCAAUCUGUAUUUCCUCGCUCUCACCUUCUUUGUGGCCGCCUUCCAUCUUUUGUUUGAUUUUCUGGCUUUCAAAAAUGACAUCAGUUUCUGGAAACACAAGAAGAGCAUGGUUGGGAUGUCCAGUAAAGCAGGUCAGCAAACACCUUUUGUUCAACAGGAACCUUCCCUUCACACCACGGAUUUACAUGCAUCUAAUACAUGCAAAGUGUUUCUGCGGAAGUGAAAGGUCGUUUUGUGUUAAAUUUGGUCAAAUGAGUGAAACUGAACAGAAUGCAAUAGGAUUUCAUAAUAUCAUUAGGAUUGCUAUUGUAAUCUAAA